AUGACGAUAGAAGAUCAGGAUAAGAGUCCCAAGCCGGGUUCAGUCACCAAGCAUGAUAUUGGAUGGAGGAGAGUGGUGCGUAACUUUACACCGUCAUGGUUUUCCAUAAACAUGGGCACUGGAAUAGUGUCCACGCUCCUUUAUGCGCUGCCCUAUAACGGUACAUGGCUGUACUGGAUCUCGGUAAUCAUCUUUGCUCUAAAUGUUUUACUCUUCAUUAUUGUCUGCGUCAUCUCAACCCUUCGCUACACGCUCUAUCCAGAGAUAUUCAGAGUCAUGAUCACGCAUCCAACACAGUCCAUGUUUAUUGGGACGCUGCCAAUGGGCUUUGCUACUAUUGUGAAUAUGCUCUGCUUCAUUUGCGUUCCUGCAUGGGGCGACUGGGCUCGAGAUUUUACCUGGGCGAUGUGGAUUAUCGAUGCAGUUAUUGCGGUGGUUACUGCACUGUCAUUACCAUUCAUGCUCAUGUCCAGAAGGGAUGAAACUCAGCUCUCGUCAAUGACGGCGGUCUGGCUUCUCCCAAUUGUGGGCACAGUGGUCACAGCUUCAUCGGGAGCAUUAGUCGCUGAGAUCUUGCCAAAUCCGCAACAUGCUCUCUGGACUAUAAUAGUGAGCUACGUGCUUUGGGGAAUCGGCUUGCCUCUAGCAUUGAUGGUCAUGGUGAUAUACCUCCAGCGGUUGACGCUGCAUAAGAUCCCGCCCAAGGCGAUGAUUGUCAGCGUCUUUCUUCCACUGGGACCGUUGGGACAAGGGGGGUUCGGAGCAAUAAGACUCGGAAAAGCCGCGCAGACAAUCUUCACCAAAACACACACUCUCGAGGAAGUAUCUGGACCCGUGUUUUACUCAAUGGGCUUCCUGGUUGGGCUUAUUCUGUGGUCGUUUGGCCUCGUAUGGUUGUUCUUUGCCUCGGCGUCAAUUGCCCGCGCAAAGACGUUUCCAUUCAACAUCGGUUGGUGGGGGUUCUUAUUCCCCAUCGGUGCUUAUGCUUCGUGUACCUGUCAGAUUGGAGCAGAGCUUCCAUCUGCGUUCUUUCGCAUCUUAGGCACGAUCAUCACGCUUUGUGUAGUAGCUCUAUGGAUCGUCAUAAGUCUGGGGACUUUGAAGGGGGUGGUCGCUGGAACCAUAUUCUAUUCACCAUGCUUGGCGGAGCUGAGGGCGAAGGAGAUGGAACGGGGUGAGGUUAAGGCUGUGUAG